AUGUCGAAAGCCGCACAAUUCCUACGAGAGUACAAGUUAGUUGUAGUCGGUGGUGGUGGUGUUGGUAAAUCCGCACUCACUAUACAAUUUAUCCAGUCGCAUUUCGUUGAUGAAUACGACCCUACUAUCGAGGAUUCUUAUCGUAAACAAUGUGUCAUCGAUGAAGAAGUCGCAUUAUUAGAUGUUUUGGAUACAGCAGGACAAGAAGAAUACAGUGCAAUGCGAGAACAAUAUAUGCGCACAGGCGAAGGAUUCCUACUUGUCUACUCUAUCACAUCUCGUAAUUCAUUUGAGGAAAUCUCGACUUUUCAUCAACAGAUUCUUCGAGUAAAGGAUAAAGAUUAUUUCCCGAUUAUUGUUGUGGCGAAUAAAUGUGAUCUGGACAGUGAGCGGCAAGUUGCUGGGCAUGAGGGACGAGAACUAGCAAAACACUUCGUCUGCCGCUUCAUCGAAACAUCAGCAAAACAACGCAUCAAUGUCGACGAAGCAUUCUACAAUCUCGUACGCGAGAUCCGAAAAUACAACAAAGAGCAACAGUAUGGCGGGCGAGGUCAACAAAACGGACUUAACAACAAUGGGGAGUUCCCUCCCGAAGAUGAUAAUAGAGGGUGCUGUUGUGUGGUCAUGUAA